AUGUCAUCCGAAUCCUCCAGCCCCUCUCAGGACCUCUCGACUGAGGAAAAGGUUCAGUCGGACAGCUCUGGCUCACCCGACGGUAGGAAACAACACUGCAGAAACCUCAGCAAUUUGCCCUCGCGUCGCGCCCGCCGCAUCGCGCAAGAGCAUCAUGGAGCCGACACCCGCCCGCAUGUCACCAUAAGCACGCGACAAAUUCUCAUCAAUUUUACACCACCCGAACCUGUCAAAGAUACGGAAGCGAAGAAAAAGGCCCGCGCCGAAAGGAAGAAGGCUCGCGAACAAGUCCGCGCAGCUCUCCGACAUGUCCAGCAGCCGUCCUUUGGGAGUCGACUACGUCUUCUCGGCAGGACGCCCACCUCGUCAGACUUGCCGAUAAAUCGCUUCAACGACAAGGCCGUGCUGGACGCCCGCGAUGCCUGCCGCUUCUUCUUUCCUGCGAGAGCGUCCUUGCCCGUUCAGGUUGUGGACUUUUAUGAGAAGAGGGCGACGCGGUAUACACGUCCGUUGUCGGAGAUAGACAACAUUGUGCAAUCAAAGCCUGACGAUGUGGCUGUUCGUUGGGUUCAUCUUAACAUUGGGGCCGGGCUUCUACAAUCUACACUAGAGGACAUUUUUAACUAUAGUGGAAGUGCAAAGCAUGGGAAGCCGUUCUUGAUAGCAGGCCACCCGGCCUGGCCGUAUCUUGACAAUCUGCAAGUCAUGACGUUCUACAAUCGCCACAUGUACGAGGAACAAGUCGAGGCGUGGAAGUUCCUAUCUGAGGUCGAGUCGUUGAAGAACGGUCCCACAGAAGAUAUGCUCAAAGGUUUCAGCGAGGUCGUUGCUGAUGACUUAGAAUGGCGCGGUCAAGUAGCUCAGCAGAAUUUGGAGUUUUGGGAGCUCGUCAAGGCGGACUUUCCUUACACCAUGCGUGAUAGGGUCCUCGGAGAUCUGGACCUGCGGAACCGUAAGCUGCCGAGCGACGUCUCCAAGCUUAACCAGGCUGUUUCGGAACACCCUGCUUUCAAGGACUCUCUCGUGAUGAUCUCGCAUUGGCGGGCGUUUCACCGAGAAGACGGGUUUCUCCUCACCUUCUCUUCUCAGCCCGGAAUAAACUACAACAGCAACGAAUUUCCAGACUACUUGGGUGACGCGGACGAGAUCAUGGAAAAUCCACUCGCCUCAGCUCUCGCGUAUCUCUCACACACCUUCCUGGAUUCCGGGACGUCCCGGUGGCAUAGAAAGACCGCCGAGUGGCUGGCUGUUUUCCUCAUGACAGAAAUCGCCACGACCCCGAAUAGUACGAGAGCCGGCAGUGGCUGUCCCGAGCUGCUCAAUGCGUAUCAAGACUUGGCCGUCCUCCUGAAAGACGAGCAAAAGAAGCCGUGGGAGCGUGGAGAAGCCGUCCAGCUGGUUCGGAAGUACCUUCGCAGCAUCGACGAACUCCGGGUUAUACAGGCCGUGACACUGCGCAAGUUGGAUCUAAUGGAGAAGCUCGUGAAAGAUUGCGAAAGGAUGGAACAAGAGUACGAAGCCGCUGGAGAAUAUGCCAACGUAGAUCCCGAAGCUGAGUCGAUGGUCGAUCGUGCGACUUGGGCCCUGGUCCAAGUCACAGCGGAGAAGACGAGCUUCGACGCGAUUCUAGAUCAUUACCAGACAGCCCUCAACGAGCUGUUUCUGUUGGGAACCGUGGAGCAAAACGAACUGGCAAUCGUGGCAGACCACCAGAACAAGGCCGUCAUGCUCUUCACCAUCGUCACCAUCAUUUUCCUACCUCUGUCUUUCUUCACUUCCUACUUCGGCAUGAACGUUAAAGGUAUCGCUGAGGCCGAACACGACGAGAAAUACUUCUGGUUGACUUGCGGCAUUGCCGGAUUCCUAAUCGUGGCUGUAUUGUUCCUUUAUGCCUUCAGGGUUCAGGCAGCUCGUGCUGCGAAGAGAUGGAGGAAUUUUAAGAAGGCCCAGAGAAGUAAGAUGUAA